AAAUGCAUCAAGAUGAAUACUACAAGCCCUCCUUCUCACUGAUCCUUGUAGCCUCUUGCAUCGGGCUCAUAUUUGCCUUCUCAAUGCGUUAUUUCAUGAAAAGGAUAAGAGAUCAGAGGAUCAUUCCACGAAUUAGAUUAUCAAAAACAGGGCACGCCGUGAAGCUGGAAAGGUUCUCCCAUUAUGUAGCUAGGCAACUGGGGUUAGAUAGGAGAAAUUGUCCGCAACUAUGUAAACUAGCAUCAGAAUACGUGAGAAAAUCCGAGGACUAUGAAGACGAUAUAUACGCAUAUUUUGCCAGCGAACCGGAUGCUGAUUCUUUAUUUGUGAAACUCGUGGAGGAAUUUGAGAGAUGCAUUCUUAGUUACUUUGCAUUUCAUUGGAGCCACGCAGAUGUCAUGAUAAGUCAGGUGUUAAGUUGCGAAAGCGAACCCAAAAAGAAGCUCAAAAACAUAGUCAUGGCAGCAACCAGGGAGCAAAGGUUCGAGAGGGCUACGAAGAAUCUGAAGGUGGCGAGGGUUUUCAAUACACUGGUGGAAGAGAUGAAAGCAAUGGGGCUGGCACCAAAUGACGAUUCUCAAUGUACGGAGGUGAUGGCUCCUGUAGCUCACAGUGAUAGGAGUCCAGUGCUCCUCCUCAUGGGCGGUGGCAUGGGAGCAGGGAAGAGCACCGUGCUCGAAGAAAUUCUCAAAGAACCUUUCUGGGCAGGCGCAGCAGGGAAUGCCGUAAGGAUUGAAGCAGAUGCCUUUAAAGAAUCAGAUGUCCUCUAUAAGGCCCUUAGCUCUAGAGGGCAUCAUCACGACAUGAUUCGAACAGCUGAACUGGUACACCAAUCAUCUACAGAUGCAGCUUCGUCCCUGCUGGUAACAGCAUUAAAUGAAGGGCGAGAUGUGGUUAUGGAUGGCACUCUCUCUUGGGUACCAUUUGUUGUGCAGACUAUAACUAUGACCAGAUGUGUCCAUCGCCACAGGUAUCGCAUGGGACCUGGUUAUAGGGUGGCUGAUGAUGGAACUGUGACAGAAAACUAUUGGGAACGAAUGGAAGAAGUAGAACCAGAACAAAAUGGAGGCAAAAAGAGAAAGCCAUAUAGGAUAGAGCUAGUUGGGAUAGUAUGUGAUGCUUACCUUGCAGUGGUUAGAGGAAUAAGGAGAGCUAUCAUGUGUAGAAGAGCAGUAAGAGUAAACUCUCAAUUGAAGUCCCACAAGAGAUUUGCUGAAGCAUUUCUGACUUACUGUCAACUGGUAGACAAUGCACGACUUUAUGUAACAAAUGCGUUGGGAGGCCCCCAUAAGUUGAUAGGAUGGAAAGAGAGAGACAAGACAUUGCUUGUGGAUCCAGAUGAAAUUGACUGCUUGAAGAAGGUUGGUAAGUUGAAUGAGGAAGCCAACUCUAUAUAUGAACUUUACAAGCACCCUCACCCAGCUCGUCAGGCUGGAUCAAUAUGGAAAGACAUUGUGUUAUCGCCCACAAGGUUGAACAUCCAGCAAGAGCUCAAGUAUUCAAUUCAAAAGGCUGAGAGAUUGAAAUGACAACUGCAUGGAAUAGCACUCGCAUUCCACCCUCAACUUCUGAGACCCAGAAAGGAAGCUUGGCAAGGGGUGGAAGAGCAUGUGUAAGGAGCUCAACAAACAUCCACUAAUUUGAAAUUUUCAACCAAGGAAAACUUUUUGUAUGAAACUGAAAAUUCGACCAUUUCAAUGUUGAUUACAUAGGAUUAUUAAAACAGAUAGUUCAAAUUAUUUUUCUGGAGUGCAGAAUGCAGAUGCUAA